AUGUCUGCCCCAGGCAUCACCCACACCGAGACAAGCUUCAAGCUCUACGAAGGAGAGCAGCAAAAGGUUAUCACUGGCCACCCAGUGGUAUACAAAUAUAUUGCUGGGGACAAUGACCCGUCCAAGCCCCUCGUGACAUUUGUCCCUGGCAUGGCCCAUAACGGACGCAUUUCAUACGGCGGUCAUGAAGGAUACCGCAGCGAAGACUUUCUAGCGCACUGGUUCCAUGACAAUGGAUAUGGAUUCUUGGGCAUUUCCUAUCCACUCGACUCGGAACCGCCCUUGAUGCCAGCUACCAGCCCCGCUUUCACGAUCCCCAAUUGGGGUGUCCAAGCCGCGGAAACAAUCAAAGCAGUGAUUGAAGAGCACCAUCUUCCUCAAAGCGUUGUGAUAUUGGCUUGGAGCAUGGCUGGAAAGGUCCUUCAGCCUGUUACUGUUGAGGCUGGAAGACUUGGAAUCGAUGUAAAGCUCUUUGUGUCGCUAGCAGCUACCCCUGCCCUUCCCGGUAGUAUUCCUGCUGAAUGGACGAAACACCUUGAUCAGACAGACUCGGGUUAUCUGAAUCUGCCUUUUUUGAAAAAAGUAUUUCUGCAACAGAUUGAUGAACAAGAAAAAAUCAAUCACCUCGAAGGUCGUCGUCUCAUCGAACCUGUCAUCUAUGAAAAAGAUUAUUUUGGUGCUACGCCUAUCGGCAUCACGACCUUUGGAUUCCGGUUUGAUAAUGAGACAAAGCAAUUUGUGAGAGAAGAGAAUAAGUGGCAGUUGCUGGAAGAUGGUCAGGCACAGAAUUUCGGUAGCCUGCCUGCUAUGGCUGCCAUCUACCCCACAAGUGGACUGGAUUUCCGUCAUGCGAUCACCGACAAGGCAACAUGGUCCUACUUGAUGAUCCAGCGUGCAAUGGCGAUGUUCAAUGAAGAUAAUAGAGUAAAACAGCUCUCUCAAGUCAAAGAUGCCGUCUCUGCCCACAAGUUAGCUGCGGAGAGAUCAUCCUUCCAAGAUUUGCAGAAAGUCGUCUUGGGGAUCCCGGAGCUUAUGACUGCAGAUACCCUGGGUAAUCACUUCUUCUUUUGUGGCGAGAGUGGAGCAAGGAGAACGGUUGAGACUGUGAUUGGGUUCCUUUCUAGCUCGAUCGUUGUUCAGCAAAAUCUUGAAGAUAUGCUUGACGCCUGUAGCAGGGAAGCCACGGCACCAUAUUCCAACACAUCAUGA